AUGGCAUCAAUCAAAAUUAAUGUUAAAUGGAAUAAAGACGUGCUUAAAGAUGUCGAAGUCGAUACAUCACUACCACCCGCUGUUCUUAAAGCUCAACUAUUUUCAUUGACAAAUGUUCCAACAGAGCGACAAAAAAUUAUGGUCAAAGGACAAACGAUAGGUGAUGAUACAUGGGGAAAAGUUACUUUAACAAAUGGUUUAACACUUUUAAUGAUGGGUUCAGCUGAUCCAGUACCACAACUACCAACGGAAAAAGUCAAAUUUAUCGAAGAUAUGACCGAAGCACAACUUGCUCAACAUUUGCAAUAUCCGGGUGGUCUACAGAAUCUCGGUAAUACUUGUUAUAUGAAUGCUACAUUACAAUGUCUAAAAGGUGUACCUGAAUUACGUGAUGCUGUUAAACAGUUUAUUCCAGCAAAUUUUACACAUGCAAAUCAAGGUGCUGUCAUGGUUGAUGGAACGCAAAUGAUAACAAACGCCUUGAAAUCAACAUUUCAACAAUUGGAUUUAACAGGUGAACCAUGUAUGCCAUUAACAUUACUGGCAACCAUUCAUCGUGAAUAUCCACAUUUUUCUGAGAAAGAUGAUCAUGGUCAUUUGAUGCAACAAGAUGCAAAUGAAUUUUGGGUACAAAUAAUGCAAGUACUUCAAAUGAAUUUGGCAGGAAAAAAAAUAAGUAAUGAAACAACAGCGUCAAAUACUUUUGAUAACAAAAGUUUUAUUGAUCAAUAUUUUGGAUUGAGAUCUCAAUCAAUAAUGAAAUGUGAUGAAGCGCCCGAAGAAAAACCAACUGUAACUGAAGAGCAUUUACUUCAACUUAGUUGUUUUAUUAAUCAAGAUGUUAAAUAUUUAUUAACUGGUUUAAAAAGUAGAUUGGAAGAACAUAUAACAAAACAUUCAUCGACACUUGAUCGUGACGCUACUUUUACUAAAUCUAGUCGUCUGUCACGAUUACCUGCUUAUCUAACAAUUCAAUUUGUCCGAUUUUUUUAUAAAGAAAAAGAAAAAGUCAACGCAAAAAUUUUGAAAGAUGUUCAAUAUUCAAUGGUACUUGAUUUAUUUGAUAUUUGUACGCCUGAUUUACAAAAAAGUUUUAUGCCAACAAGAGAAAAAAUAAAAUUAGCUGAGGACGCAAAACUUGAUCGUGAACGUGCUAAAAAACUUGGUGAAACUGUUAUAGAACCAAAAAAUUUAACUCGAUUACCCACGUCAUUUCCUGACGAUAUUGGUUCAAAUAAUAGUGGUUUUUACCAAUUAAAUGCUGUUCUUACACACAAAGGGCGAUCUAGUUCAAGUGGACAUUAUGUUGCGUGGGUUCGUCGUAGUCAAACUGAAUGGCUCAUGUUUGAUGAUGAAAAUGUUACACCGGUGACAGAAGAAGAUGUUUUGAAAUUAUCCGGAGGUGGUGAUUGGCAUACCGCUUAUUUACUUAUAUAUGGUCCAAGAACAAUUGAAUACGAAGAUAAAACAAAUGAAGGUGCUAGUGGAGAAUCAAAUGUUACUGCUAUGGAUACAACGGCACCAUCAAAUGGAGCCAGGACUUAG